UUAAAACGGCGUCGUGUAUCUGCAUUCGGCUUCUUGAAAUCUCAGUACAGUCAACAGUGGCACUGAAAAAAAAAAGAUUGAGAAGAUUUUGAAAGAUGAUAGCCAACUCCAGCCUCAUCUCCUCCAACUUCUCUUCUCUUCCUCUCAAAAAUCCAAGACCGAGAGCUCAUCUCCAGGCUCAAACUCCUAAUCCCAGACUCUUAUCUUUACGUCCCAGCAGAGGAACGGCUUUGAAAAUUUCCAAUUUUCUUAAGCCCCACACCUGUAAGACCUCAAGUUUCCCAUUUCAGAAGAAGGGUCUGCUUCAAGUGUGCCAUAGUGUCUUGGACUCUAAGGAUUCAGAGAAAGAACCAAUUUUGGAGAGUGAAACUAAUGAUGAGAAAGAGGGGCGAGAUUGGACAACCUCCAUCUUACUUUUUGUGUUGUGGGGUGCUCUUAUGUACUACGUUUUUAAUCUCGCUCCUAACCAGACCCCGUCGACAGACGAGUAUUUUUUGAGAAAACUCCUAAAUUUGAAGGGAGAUGAUGGUUUUGAGAUGAAUCAAGUACUUGUGUCUUUAUGGUACAUCAUGGGUUUGUGGCCUUUGGUGUUCAGCAUGCUUCUACUCCCAACCGGCAGAAGCUCAAAAAGCAAAAUACCAGUUUGGCCAUUCCUGGUACUUUCAUGCUUUGGUGGUGCAUAUGGUCUUCUUCCCUAUUUUGUUCUUUGGAGACCACCACCACCGCCUGUCGAAGAAAGUGAGCUUGGCAAAUGGCCUCUUAAUUUUCUGGAAUCAAAGUUGACAGCUGGGAUAACACUUGCUGCAGGACUAGGCCUAUUCCUUUAUGCAGGCUUGGCAAAUGGUGAUGUCUGGAAAGAGUUCUACCAGUACUUCAGAGAAAGCAAAUUUAUUCACAUCAUGUCCCUUGAUUUCACUCUAUUAUCCGCAUUUGCCCCUUUCUGGGUUUACAAUGAUAUGACUGCCAGGAAAUGGUUUGAUAAAGGUUCUUGGCUUCUUCCUAUCUCACUUGUUCCACUCUUGGGUCCUGCAUUAUAUCUGGUUCUACGGCCAUCACUAUCAGAAAUGCCUGUUUCACUGGGUUCAACUUCAUCAGAACAGAAGUAGUAUAUGAACUCUCCUUUAUCUCCUCACCACAGAACGGGGCAAAUUUUAGCAACAUCAACAAGAUUGAAUGAUUCAAGUUUGAAGAAACAUUAUUCCUGUGCACUUACAGAAAUAUUUAAAUUUUCAAGUGGGAAGUCGCAUCACUUCGCAAAUGCAAUCAAUCGUGAGCAAAGAUACAUCUUCACGUAAAGGUUUUGUCUUCACACUUGUUUUGUCUUUCCCACUUCUUGUACUCAGUUAAAGAUGCCAGACAAGUAAUUUGGGGAAAAGAAACCACGUAUAGUCAUUUAUCUGUUCUAAAUUAUAAUUUUUAUCAGUGAACUUGACGUUUGUUACUUUA